CUACGCGUGCGCAGUGGCGGAGCGGGGCUCUUUUAACCUCCUCUGCAAGCCUUGGUGUUCCCAGUUUUACCCAGCCGGGGUGGUCUUCGUGUGCCCGCACAUCGUCGCGGAGAGUCGCUGCUGAGUGGGUGCUCGACGUUCGGUUCGUCAUGGCUGGUUACGAAUACGUGAGCCCGGAGCAGCUGGCUGGCUUUGAUAAGUACAAGUAUAGUGCUCUGGACACUAAUCCACUGUCUCUGUAUGUCAUGCAUCCAUUUUGGAACAGUAUAGUAAAGGUAUUUCCUACUUGGCUGGCUCCAAAUCUGAUAACCUUUUCUGGCUUUCUGCUGGUUGUAUUCAAUUUCCUACUUAUGGCAUACUUUGAUCCUGACUUUUAUGCUUCAGCACCAGGUCACAAGCAUGUACCUGAUUGGGUUUGGAUCGUAGUGGGCAUCCUCAACUUCACAGCCUAUACUCUAGAUGGUGUGGAUGGAAAGCAAGCCCGGAGAACCAAUUCCAGCACCCCCUUAGGGGAGCUUUUUGACCAUGGCCUGGAUAGUUGGUCAUGUGUUUACUUUGUUGUAACUGUGUAUUCCAUCUUUGGACGAGGACCAUCUGGUGUCAGUGUUUUUGUUCUUUAUCUCCUGCUAUGGGUAGUUUUGUUUUCUUUCAUCCUGUCUCACUGGGAAAAGUAUAACACAGGGAUUCUUUUCCUGCCAUGGGGAUAUGACAUUAGCCAAGUGACUAUUUCUCUUGUCUACAUAGUGACUUCGAUUGUGGGAGUUGAGGCCUGGUAUGAACCUUUCCUGUUUAAUUUCUUAUAUAGAGACCUAUUCACUGCAAUGAUUAUUGGUUGUGCAUUAUGUGUGACUCUUCCAAUGAGUUUAUUAAACUUUUUCAGAAGCUAUAAAAAUAACACCUUGAAACACAGUUCAGUCUAUGAAGCUAUGGUUCCCUUCUUUUCUCCAUGUUUGCUAUUCAUUUUGUCUACAGCAUGGAUCCUCCAGUCACCUUCAAAUAUUUUAGAGAUACAUCCUAGAGUUUUCUACUUCAUGGUUGGAACAGCUUUUGCCAACAGCACAUGUCAACUGAUUGUUUGUCAAAUGAGCAGUACCCGGUGCCCAACUUUGAACUGGUUGCUGGUUCCUCUCUUCUUGGUUGUCGUGGUGGUAAACUUAGGAGUAGCCUCUAACCUUGAGAGCAUUCUCCUAUAUACGUUAACAACUGCUUUCACUCUGGCCCAUGUCCAUUAUGGAGUGCGAGUGGUAAAGCAGCUGAGCAGCCAUUUUCAGAUUUACCCCUUCUCAUUGAGGAAACCAAACUCAGAUUGACUAGGAAUGGAAGAAAAGAAUAUUGGCCUGUAAUCUACAGAAAGAAGUACUGUAAAUAAGAUGCUUGUAAAUAUUUCAUCCAUCACCAUUGAACUAAAGUGAUCUGCUUAACAGACAUGGGAACUCAGUGCAUGUGGUACUUGGACAGCAAGAAUGACACACAUGAUUUGACCUUGUGGAAUUUUGGACCUACUAACUUCCAGCUUAUUCUAUUUUUUAUAACCAUGUGACAUUUUGAUUUAGCAUAAUGUACAUUGGACAGCAAAAUGUUCCUAGUGAUUUUAGGUCCAUAAGUCCAUAAUGUUUUGGUUCAUACAGAGUUAAAGAUGCUUUGUUUUUAUUUUUAAAACCCCAAAAUUAGCUUAGGAACAGUGAUAACAUUCAGCAAACCACAAUGUUUUCAGAUUUGGUACUUAGUAGUAGGUCGUUAGCUGUGGAAGCUGACAAUAGCCCAGAUCUAAUGUAGGGGAAAGAUAAGAGCAAGUCACCUCCAGCAUGAGAUGCCAAAUGAUUACAGAACAACAUACAGUUGCCAAAUACUGGUUUCUCUUUCCCAUGGAAAUGCCUUUUGUCCUCAUGUGCUAAGAGAGCUAAUACAUAUAUUUAAAUUCUCUAGUAUUCUUGCUCUCUGUUAUUGAACCAGAUCUUGAUAAAUGGUUUAAUUUUCUUUUAAAGAAAAAUAUUCUAUGGAGACUUUAGUAGAGAAUGGAUUCUAAGUGUAGCUUACCCACUGGCAUGGUUCAUUGUUUAAAUGUGGCAUUUCCCACCCGCAACUGCAAGUUGCUGAGAUUUUUGGUGCCUGUGAAUUAUUAUGAUCUGAAUGCAUGUGACAGUUCCAGUUUUAUGAUAAUUACUUGUGAGGAAUGCAGAUAAACUUCCUUGUAAGAGAAUUUGCCUUUGGAGUUAGGAAUCUCAUGAACCUCACCGAGAAAUUAUUACUAUGAAUCUCACUAUGAAAUUAGUUUUCUGAUUCAGUUUAUUCUUCUGCUCUCUCUUCCCCUCUCUUUUUUUGAGGAGGAGAGAGUACUGUGGUUUUUAUUUCAUGUAGGAUAAAGAAGUAGAGAGAAAUUCUCUGUUCUCCAACUUGCCCACUUCCCCACUGGAAGAGAAUUUUUUAUAUACAUGCCUUACUGAGUUACAUACUCCCUUUUUGACUUGGAGUAGUUUUUGAAGUUUACGUACAGACUUAAAAAUCCCUUUUACUCUAACGUGGUUGUUUUAUAGAUCACACCUUUUCACAAAUAUGGGUAUUCUUUUUUUUUUUUGACUUUGCAUUUAGUUGGUGGUGGUGAAAUUUACUUGCUGAUUUUCUUUUAUUUUCCACUGAGUGGAGUUUGUGCUUGAAUGAAGAGUGUAUCUUAAACUCCCCUUUUUUGGAUGGAUUGCACUUGGAUAAAAUACGCACCACUAUGUUGAUAUGUAAUUACAUUCAUAAUCAUUAUUUAUCUAUGAAUGUGACCAUCAUUAAAUUUAAUUAUAAUGUAUUUGUUGAAUUUCAGUCUGCUGCUGUGUAAAAAUAACUGUAAUUAAUACUUGUUUUUUAAUCUGUAAGUUCUAAUCAUUGUCAUCCAGUUUAUUAGCAUUGAGUCAAGGAGCUAACUCAUAGUUCUGUACUCAUUUUUUAAAAUUGUUGUAAAGGUUUAGAUAUAUUUGGACACUUUGUCUGAGACAAAAAUGAACACUGAAAAUAGAUGGGAAAUUGAUGCAAGGAAAUGUGCGUAGUGAUUCCAUGUUUGUUAAUAAAUUGCCAUCAUGGAGGUCAGAGAAGGAAUGAAUUAAGAGACAGUAACUAUUUUUUGUAUGCCUUGUUCUCUGUCACCUGUAAAAUUGGAUAAAGUGUUAAUUUGGGUUGGGAACAAAACUUUGUUUUAAGGAUUUUAAGCUAAUCAUUUUACUGUUCUAUUGACCUUGUGUAUGAGAAUGAGAUAAAUCUGUAUUAUAUAAAGAAAUGAUAAAUAUUUAUAAAAUGACUUUGGAUCAUAGGCUUUCUUCACCUUGUACUGUAUAGUAAAAACAAGUAACUCUUUACUUUAGGCAUAGGGUCAUGUCCUAUAAUUUGGGGGCUGUUUAACCUCAAAGUGUGUUUCUAUUCUCUUUCUGUUGCAUCUAUUUGAAAAUUGUUUUGUGCCUAUUCUUCACGACAUAUUUCCCUAUGGUGGUAAAAAAUUAUGUCAUUGUUAGAUGAAGGAAAGGUGGUCAUCAAGGAGGUAAAAGUAAAACUGAGUAAUUAACUGUUUUGGAAUACUGUGGACUUGUGAAUCUUUGGUGACUGCUGACUCUCAUUUUUGGUUUAGUCUGCCAUCUUGAAGUGCAUCUUGAAAGCCCCCAUUUGUGAUGUAGUGAUACAGCAGUUGAAGAAGGACUUACUUAUAAAUAGCUCUGUGCAUUUAUGUCAUACUAAUUAUCAUAACAUUUCCAAAGUAUAAAAGAUAUUUCAGGCUUAUGCAUGAUAUCGUAGGGUGAGCUCACACCCCUGCCUUUCUCAGCAUACACUGAGCUGCUUUUUGGGAAGCAAUGGAUGGUUGGUCAUACAUGCAUGUUGUCUGUACAUCUCAGAAUUGAGUGCCUUAGCCAGGCCAGAGGUUUGCUUUGUAUUUCUGCCGACCAAAGUUACCUAGACCUGUAAGAAGUUUCUUUUCAUGUUAUGGAGUGAAAAACUUCUUCAUGCUUGUCAAAAAAUAAUUAGCCUAUAAUUGAAGGGGGGCCUGGGUCAGAAAAUAAUCUAAAAAUACCUGAAUAGAGUAUGUUAAUGCUGCCUUUGUGAUCCUUUAAACAUUCAUGAUCUUAGUGCACUACACAGUUUAAAGUUGCCACAAUUUACAUCAUCAUUCAUCCUUUAAUGCAUAAUAGUUGUAGUUAUGGGUUUCACUCUUAAGGGUAAUUCAGUAACUUCCAAGUAGAAAACUAACUAGUCUUCCUUGGUAUUUUAGUAAUAGCAUGGUUAAAAUACUUUUAAUUCUUAUUUUAAAAAGAAAGUUCAGUGCUGCUGAUGGUCUAAAAUGUUAAGAGUACUGCCACCAACAUGUCAUUUAUGUUAAUAUAGAGGUAUUGAGAAGAGGCGGGUUUGUCUAGAGUUGCCCAAAUUCUAAAUAGAUACCAAGAGUAUUGAUUGUGGCCUGAAGGGCAGACACCGGAGGAAGACGAAAAGGCAAAAGCAGGCGUGGUGUCCACUCUAAAGGGAAGAAAGGAUCACCUCAAUGCUUACUGCCCUUAGAGCGCAAUGUCUUAGUGCAGUGCAGAGUCCAAAAUUGCCACGACUUAAAUCGUCACCCCUUCAAUAAUUCCAGAUUCAAAUGUGAACUUGAAAAUUUCCCGUGUUCAGUUUUCAAAGAAUUAAGUUUAUUUUGUAGUUAGUCAAAAAGCAUUUGGAAUGUACUUUGCUUUCCAAAGCAGACUGAUUCUAUAACCACUGGAGAAUAAAAAGGUAAUCUGAAAGUGUUUGAAUCAAAGGUACUUUUUCCCCUUUGUAUUUUAAGUAGAAGCCUAUUUGUAAUGCUUUGUCUUCAUUCUUCACCUGGGUUUCCUUUUAACUAGUCACCAUCUAGUACAGAGAUGCCAACUUUCUUUAUUACCCUUAGAUCUUGCCACAUUCAAGUCCCCUUGAUUGCCUUAGAUUGAUGGACUAGUCAAGGACUGGAAACAUGGCAGAGGGAACAAAGUAAACCUGUUGAGCUAAAACGUUUGACUUUGGGUCUCCAAAUAAACCAAAAACAUAUAGAAAUCUUUGUUAAAUCAUGUGUGCAGCUUGGCCUUUGUCUCUGACCUCAGUUCUGAACUUAAUUGGGCAUUCUAUGGGAAGUUUGUGAAUGAAGUCAGACUAGAAUUUUCUUUGUCCUAUGAGGUGUCUUUGUGAGGCAGCAUGCCCUUUCUUGAACACCUUGUGGGUGAAUAACCUUACCAAGUUAGCUGCCAGUACUAGAACCUUCCAGGAAGAAUUUUAACUAGUAUGCUGCAUUUGAAGCACUUUGACAUACACAUUUUAAGUAACAGUUUUAAAAGUAAAAUGGUGUUAAAUUAAUCACUGUGACACUUGAAAGUGUGAUGCUUUGUACAUUUUAGGAAGCUUAAGUAAAUUUCUGAUUUUCCUUUAUUAAUUAUGUAACCCAUGUAAUUUGUAUAGUUUGCUUUUCAUCUUUUGACAGUGGUACAAAUGACUGACAUACUGUUAGGAAGUUACUUUAGGUAUAUGGUAAAUCAUGGUUGUCUAACUUCCACAGAAAGUGGCAGUAUGUUUACUUGCCUGUGUGGAGCCAUAGCAAUUGGCUUUAUUGUCUAAUUCAUUUCUAGUGUUUCUACAGUGCAAAAUAAACGUAAUCUUACUUUUUAUCUUG